AUGACUCGGAUACCACUACUUUGCUAUGCGCUAGCUGUUUUAGUAUACUGCAUUCCAGCCAUCAAUGCUGAUAAUGCAGAAUUUGUUGCUGGAGUCCUCCGAGAUGCUGGUACUUCUUCGUACGUGGCACAACCUUGCGAUGGAACACAGCUCACCACCUGCCAGUCCUGCAAUACGAUCGAGCUUUGUUUGGGUGGCAUCUUUGAUAGCUUGAAUCUGACUCGAACGUGCCCAUCAACGGCUCCAUACUGUGCUCUGACGAGCACCGGAGCCACCUGUCAGUCGUCCCCGGAUUCACAGUGUUCCGUUAAUGCUGAGUUUGCAUUUGCUUGUACCGGCACCGGUUUCUUCCCGGACCCCGAUUCAUGUCAAACCUACCAUUACUGCGAGCAGAAAAAUCAAAUCGGAGAUACCUACGACUGCCCCGAUGGAUAUCGCUACAAUACUCAACGGAACUUGUGCCAACGAUAUGGUUCGCGGCGUUGCCAAGCCGUGCAGUGCGAUCCCCUUAGUCAGAAUGUGUUCGUGCCGUAUCUGUUCGACGAUGAGUAUUACGUUUACUGUCAGUACGACUACAGCACUGCAACGCCCACGUACAAGAAGGCGUACAUGCUCUCCUGCGGCAAAGGGUCCAAGUUCGUCGUCAAAAGCCAGGUUUGCCAGUUCCAGUGCCGAAGGGUUGGGUUUUUCGUAAACACGGCCAAUCCUAACCAAUAUUUCUCGUGCUAUCGCAGUGGAUUCCGGUGGGUAGCAGAAGUGCGUACUUGUUCGAAAUAUUACUACAUUUUUGACGAAACGCUCAAUCGGUGCAAAGAGGAUCCCGAUGCGGUAACAACGACGACGAGUACCACCACAGAAAUGGUCACUGAAAUAGUGACCACCACCGCAGAAACUACUUCAGAAGUAGUAACUACCACUCAGCCAAGUCCUACAGAAGCAGUAACUACCACUCAGCCAAGUCCUACAGAAGUAAUAACUACCACUCAGCCAAGUCCUACAGAUGUAGUAACUACUACUCAGCCAAGUCCUACAGAAAUAGUAACUGCCACUGAGCCAAGUCCUACAGAAGUAGUAACUGCCACUGAGCCAAUUACUACUGAAGAUUCAGUCACUACUAUUGAACCAACGGUUACCGAUGCUGAUACCGAGGCACCAGAAGCCGCUGUGAGGCUCUCGGAUACGUUCUCGGUGAAGAGAGGAUGCUUAGGCUUUUUAAGAGAUCUUUUGCGAAAUAGUAACUAUGUGAAGUAA